CUUCCACGCACACCGAAUUAAGGAGGAAGUUUUGAUUAUUCAAAGAUCAAGUCAUAUGUUAGUAUUCAUUGUGUUUUGCACAAAGCAAAGCAAAAUAAUCUGUUAAUUGCCAUGCUUCUGAACGGGGUUCAGUCCCUUUGAUGCUCCCGGCGUUAAUAAGGCGUAAGGAGGCUAAUGGUGACGUAAGGCACCGACAGAGCUGAGGAGUUCAGACUGACAACAGUUAGGUCAGUAGCACAAAAAGUAACCCUAGCAACCCGUGACUUUGACGCAAUUAGUUUACUUUUAUACGCGAAAAGGUUACACUUUAGUUCACAGUAGCUAACCAAAGUGAUGAAACGGGGAAAUGGUUAUAAAAUUAAAAGUUACCAUACGUUACUCUAAAACUUGCUAGCCACCCCCACCUCGAGUCUUAAAAAAGUCAAGUAGCUCCAGCUAACGCGGAGCUAGGCUAACACUAGCUGGCUAACCGGACCCGUUGACAGAGGUUGACUGAUCACGCUGCUCGCUUGGCAUUAACAUGGUGUUUCUUUUAACUGGCUGUGCUGUCAAAUUGAGUGUGUACACUUGCCAGUCGUAGCUUUGUCCUAAGUUAGGCAGCCAACUGCAUUGGAGGGCAAAAUUAUGUUAGCUAGCUAGUUUAUGCGGGCGUCGUUAGCUUUAGCAAAACAAGAGCUGAGCUUUGGGAGUCAGCUGACAGCCUGCUGAGAGCAGCCAACACACCAGUGAUGGAUCAACUGAAAGUGAAGGAUCGCAUAUUGGAGAACAUCUCUCUGUCUGUCAAGAAGUUGCAGAGUUACUUUGCGGCCUGUGAAGAUGAGACUCCAGCUAUCCGAAAUCAUGACCGAGUCCUUCAGCGCCUCUGUGAACACCUGGACCAUGCUCUGCUGUACGGCCUGCAGGACAUCUCCUCGGGCUACUGGGUCCUGGUUCUACACUUCACCAGAAGAGAGGCUGUCCGUCAGAUAGAUGAACUUCAGCACAUAGCAACCAACCUCGGUCGAAGCCGUGCAUGGUUAUACUUGGCACUGAGUGAGAGCUCUCUAGAGAGCUAUCUACGCCUCUUCCAGGAGAAUCAAGGGUUACUGCAGAAGUAUUAUUUCAAGAACGCACUGGUCUGCAGCCAUGACCACCUCACGCUCUUCCUCACGCUGGUGUCCGGCCUGGAGUUCAUUCGAUUUGAUCUGGAGCUGGAUGUUCCCUAUCUGGACGUGGCCCCCUACAUGCCAGAAUACUACAAACCCCACAACCUUCUGGACUUUGAGGAGAGGCUGCCCAGCUCUGACAGCUUGUCCCUGCACUCCUUCACCUCCCUUACCUCCACCAACCUGGAGUGGGAUGACAGUGCUAUAGCCCCCUCCAGUGAAGAUUAUGAUUUCGGUGACAUCUUCCCUGUGUUGCAGUCAUUGCCAAGUGCAGACUGGGAAGAAGGAGACCUGACUGACCAGGCCAGCUGCCCGCAGUCCAGCGGCUCUGAUCCCCAAACAGUCAUCAGCGACACUGUGGUUCUUUCUGCCGGUUCAGUCAAGGUGAAGCUAGCAGCUCAUCUUGCCCCGCACAGCCCCACGUUCAGACACAACCCCUUCAACGAGGACUCCGACACCAACACCUCAGCCGAUGUCACGCCGGUUCACGUGGCCAGCCGCCACAACAGCAUCAACACUGGAGAGGAAACGGAGAGCACCGGCAACGAGCUGGAGGUCAUCAGGAUGGCAAGGCGAAGAAAACCAGCCAAGAAGCGACGAGGGAAGGGCUCCACAGACUCCAGCAGCAGCAUCCAUAACUCUGUGUCUUCUGAGCACAUGGACAUGGACAACACCCUCCUGGCUUCGGAGGAUGUCGACUCAUUAAACGGCACUGUUAUUCAGCUGGAAGGAGAGGCAGAGCUGAGGAGAAGCAGAGGGGGAUCAGAGGUUGUGGAGGAAGCAGAUGAGGACGGAGUAGAAGGCCUACGCCUCCCGGAGAUGACAGACACCUCCAUGGACACCGUGGGCCAACCCCUCCGUGAUGUCAUGGACCGGCUCAACGGGGCUCUGGAUAAGGAGGAGGCCUGGGAGCACAGAGAGGAGAAAAGCUGUGAAGGCUGUGACCGGAGACCCGAGCCCCCUGCACAGCAGCCCUUUCGAGAGGAUUCCGAGGGCGAGCCCCCUGACCCCGCCCCAGGAGAGACGACUCUCUCCCCUCUGGCCACAAGCCACAGCUUCCUGCAGGCCUCUCCUGCGCCCAAAGACUUAUGCUGCUUUACCACCAACAGUCCAGGCUCUGCUGCCACGGGUGGUGGCCACUAUGACUCUGCAGAGCUUAGCCAGUCACAAACUCUUUCAGGUGGCCUUGAAGAUGAAGGAGAGGCAGAAGCGUCAGCAGGACAAGAGUCUGAGAUGAAGAGUGGGGAGGAAGACAUGGAAGAAGGAGUGGAAGCCACCAAGAACACAUUUACUGAGGAAGCAGACAUUUCUCAUCCUGCAGAGUUUAAGGUGGACAACAAUCACUUACUACUGCUCAUGAUUCAUGUGUUCAGAGAGAAUGAGGAGCAGCUCUACAAGAUGAUAAGAAUGAGCACAGGCCAUAUGGAGGGGGACCUGCAGCCCCUUUACCUGCUGCUGACCGACUGUUACAUCUACCUGCUUAGGAAGGGUGCGGCAGAGAAGCCCUACACGGUAGAAGAAGCUGUUUCUUAUAAUGAGCUGGACUAUCUUUCAGUGGGCCUAGACCAACAGACAGUGACGGUGGUUUGCACCAACAGACGGAGAAAAUUCCUGUUGGACACAGCUGACUCCUCUCUGACUCUGUGGUUCUUGUCUGUUCUCAAGUCAGCCAUGGUGAAGGGUUGUCGUGAGCCUCCGUACCCCGCUGUGCUGACUGACGCUACCAUGGAGAAACUGGCUCUCACUAAGUUUGUCUCUCAGGAAUCUCACUGUGAGGUAUAUGAAGUGUCUAUCCAACUGUAUUCACUGGUCCACUGGGAGGAUCCUAUGGACAUGGCUUUGUCACCCCAGGGUGGCCCACCAACAUCUGGACAACCAUUCAGCACCAAGGAGGGGACCCUGCAGUACCGGGCUGGAACCACCUACCUGGGUAAAGAGCUGUGGAAAAGCUGCUACCUCGUCCUCAGCAAAGGGAUUCUGUACCUGUAUGCAGAAAGAACUGAUGUGACACCUGUGCUGUCAGUCACUAUGGGAGGAGAGCACUGUGGAGGCUGCCGACGCUCAAACAGCACAGAGCGUCCCCACGCCUUCCAGGUCAUCCUGACAGAGCGCCCUCCACUGGAGCUCAGCGCCAACAAUGAGCAAGAUAUGGCCGACUGGAUGCAGCUGCUCUGCCAGUCCGUCUCCAAAGGGCUGCCUUACCUGCAGGUCAUCCCUCAGGGUGUGGCCCCCACUCCAUGUAUCCCAAGUUGCCUGGUGAUGACAGACAGGAAGAUGCUUACUUGCCAUCAGGACUGUCAGACGAGCUUCUUCCGUUCGCUGGGCAGCGUCGAUAUCUGUGAUGUCACCGCUGUCAGCGUGGAGGCCGACAAGGAGUACUGCGUCAUUGAGUUUACGGCAGAUCGGACUCAGUUCCUUCCUCCCUGGGUUUUGUACUUCAGUGGCCGUGAAGAAAGAGAUCGACUGCUGGAGGUGUUGGACAACACAUGGAAGGCCAUUUUCCAGGUUGACCUUCCCCACAGGGAAGUGCUGGAUCCGUCGGUGCAGAAGCGCUGUGGUGAGGCCCUCGCACUGAUGAAUAGUGCCUGGCAGAGGGCAGACAGUCUGGCCCGAGGCAGAGCACAGCGGGAACCCUGGUGCUGACAGACACACACAUGCACAGAUCAGUGGGAAGCCACUCAGAUAUAGUUCCAGGAUAGAUGGAUGUUACUCCGGCAUACAGCCUGUGUUUACUGAGUUGAAAAACUGAAAAUGAAACGUAGUUAUCGGUUGUUUCACUACAGGAUGAACCUCAGAUUCACUGAUAUGUUGCUGUCAGAGACACUUCCUGCAGAAGUAGCGAUGCAUUCGGCAGAUCACAUCACAGUGAUGCACAAGCAAAGACAUUCUCACUCAAAAUUAAAUAAAUAACCAGAAUGAUACCACAGAUUUCAUGUGAUCCUAGUGAUAAUCACUAUUAUUCAUUUAUUAGAGAAAUAGCAGCAAUGCAGAACAAAUACACUGAAUGAAGUAAAAGUCUGGGAUCACAUGGUGUGAUAUUUUGUACUCUCCGUGUGGUGCUGGUGGAUAAUUGUAGAACGCGCAUACAGUAGUUAUGUGUCAUGGGAAGACUUCAUCUUCAAUACAUAGUGCAUUCAAAUCUAUCGUGCUGAAUGUUGUCCACAAAAUAAACAUCAAGUCGAGCUUUGACUUUGAAAUGUUGACAAGACUGAAAAAGAUGAAACACAUACAGUAUUUAGUACGAUGAGGAAGCUGAGUGGGGAGGAAGAAAAUGAUCCAUUACCAGCAGCUUCUCUGCACAGUAAAAUAAGAGAAUUGUUAAUGUUUUCUUAAAAAAAAAUGAAUCUGUGAUAUAUAUGUCAAGUAAGCCAUAUAUAAAGGGGGCAGUUAAUGCUUGUUUGCAACGUGGUAAAUUCACACUUCUUGCCUUGCACACACAGAAAUAACGCCCUCUGAUCGCACAAAAGAUAAGAGUCACUCCUUGCUCGGUAACAGUUAAAAGAUGCUCUGCUGAACUUGACUAUGGUGCAGUUAGAGCAGGUGUACAUCGCUGUACAGUAUCAACGCAUAAUCAGCUUUGGUGUGGCUAAGGGCACAUACCUCUACACUGAAUUAUUGUCACAUUUUACGUUGGCUUGAGAGAAUGAGGAUCUCAAUAUGACAAAUAUCUGGAUAUGUAACAGUUGCACUGUUAUCUGACAUGCUCGUGUCGUCUAUCUGAGAUCUCGUUUUACCAAUUUUAACAGAUAAAAAAAUCAGGAAAUGCAACAGACUUGCCUUUUAUCUCCACUGUAGAGACGAGUGGAGGCUUCCAUGCAGAACUUGCACGUUGUUUUUGCUGUUAGUCCUUUUUUAUUGGAACCAGUUUGUGUUAAUACCAUAACAUGUGCUUUUGUAUUUCCAUUGUAGAGAAACGGGGAACAACUGUUACUAAAUUAUUCAAUUGAGAGGUGAUUUUUUAAAACGUAUACUUUCCCUUUUAGUGUGGGCAAGUAUCGAGUAAGAGUCUGUUUGAUGAAUCUGUUAUUGACUGAAAGCUACAAGUCGUCUUGGUUUAUUGCUUUUAUUUUGCACUAGUGGUUGGUGGCAUCGUACUGUACAGUUGAAUACAGAUGUGUACUGAUAAUACAGAUGUGUGAAUUCAAACAUCCCUUUCUGCACUAGGCAUUUAGUGGUGUAAUUUUGAGGUUUAUAGAACCCUUUAAUAUCCUUUUAACUUAGCAAGUGUAGCAUCUGUUUUAGCAGAUUAGUGCUUUUCAAUAGUCUGUAAUAGCAUUCAAUAUUAAAGCUUUACUUGGAGAAAGAAGACCCUACAAAUUACAGUCUGAGGGUAGUAGGGCAUGUGUUAAAAUAUGUCCUUAGCAUUAACACUGAUUCGAGUACCACUGCUAUGUCAAUGACAGUGUGUGACUGCUCUUAUUACAACACUGAGAUUGUUUGUUUUGCAAUGACAAUGUCGCCUUUUGGACAACCUUGACUGAACUGGAGGAAACGGCCGAUUCGCUAAAAUUAAAUGAAGAAGCACUAUUUUCCCGUUUUGUAGUUGCCUUAAACUGUGGAAUUUGGCUGAUUGUGUUGGAUCACUAAAACAAUCAUUUUUAGGUUUAUGUUGUGGUUUUUAGUUUCUUUUGAAAGACAUGUCAGAAAUGUGCUGUAUGUUGGGCUGGGUAUCCAACCUGUAUACCACUCUACUCUUCAAGUGCAGAUAUAAUGGGGACAUAAAGGACUGGAUGCUUGCUCAUUGGGCCCCAAUGAGCAAGAACACUUUUGUUUUUGGGAUUCAUCAUGUUUCCUUAUUUUUGCCCCUUAGGUCAGAGAAAGUUUUGUCCAGAAUAGGGAUGGGAAUAAUUAAUUGAUGAUAGAUUCAUGGUCGUUAAGAAUUUGGUCGAUCAGUAAUCACUGAACUGAAACACGGCCGAGCGUUCAGUUCUGCGGUAUGUGAAAGCCAAUGAGCUGAGAAUUAAGUUGGAUAAAGCUACAGUUUGCAAACUAAAAGUUGCAAUAACAAUUAUAAAACACACAGAAAUAAAGGAGUAUUAAUUUGAGUAAAACUAGCUUAUUGUAUCAAACCUUGCUAGCAUGAAUUACUAGGUUUAAUUUUAUCCAAAACUUAUUUAAACACAAAACACAGUUUAAUAUGCAAGAUUACUGUGAAAACUAACCUCAUGCCUCUUCAGGGGCUAAAACAUAAAACAUUGAACUCCUUGCCGUUAUCUUUACAGUAUCAUCUUAGUUGAGUUAGUUUUACGUUUGACAGGUUCAAGUCUCUUUUCGUCUUUUCAAAAUAAAAGUAUCCGUUAUCAAAACAGGCUUUUGCAUAGUACUGUAUGGAUAUCUUUUAUUUUGCCCGUGUAUGCAUGUUUUUAUACAUACCGGAUUAUGUAUAAACACAUAGCCAUUAAUCCAUCCAUUACACUUCUGUUGAAGUUCACAUUUUUUGUGGCAUGUGUCCAAUUUUUGGUUAUAUUUAGCAAAGUAUGUUUGUGAAAAAAUACCUUCUGUAAUUUUUUUCCAAAACAGGAAUAGGCACCAGUAUCAGAAACCUUUAAAUGAUACCCAGCCCUAUACAUAUAUCACUUAUGUAUGUUUGUGCAAAAGUCUUUCUCAGUCGCACUGUGUUGCUUUCAUGUCUGCAUUAAUCAGUGCUAUAAGCCUUUAUAAGUGCCACUUGGUCUCAUUUAUGUUCUUUUUUAUAAAUAAAUCUAAUCUCAGGUGAAAAAGGUACGUCACAUCCGAAACCUUAACGCUCACCGUGUUUUGUUUUUUUUAAUUGCUGCUGUUUUGUCUAAUUCAGUAUUUUUUAAAUACUUAUUUUUUCUAUUUUGGUUUGAUGCAGCAUUAUGAAGUUAUUUUGCGCACACAGACAAGGCUGCAAAGUAAUAUUACAUGUUGGAGAAGGUUUUCUGUAAAAGUCCUUUAAUAAUUCAGUGGGUUCCAAAAUAGGAUUGGUUGGAUGUCAGAAUUGUCCCCCCGGUGGAUUACUUAAGGACUUUCUGACCAGGGAGAGUACACUCGGAGUAGUUGGACUUACUUGAAAUGUUUGUUGGAGUAUCAAUAAAGAAUUAACUGCAGAGAGUUGCGGCCUGUGAAGUGUAUUUAAGUCGGAAGUUAGUCUUUUGAAUGUGGGACAUUGCUGGCCAAUGAUGGAUGACAUCAAAGCGCUUAUUGAUUUUGUUCAUAAUGUAUACUGCAUGUAAUAUUUGUAUGAAGUUCAGCUGUUUUAUUUUAUUGUAAAUAGAGCACUAAUCAAAUAUAACAUACUGUACACUCACACAUAAAGACGUGCAUGUCUGGAAGGUUUUAUACUGUUCAUAAUGGUAAUGAAUGUACAAAUAAACCUUUGUGAUGGGACGGCGUAACUGAAUAAACUGAAAUGAAACCUUGA